AUGGUGGGAAGGUUGAGACAAGGUAAGGUGGGGCUUCGUUUCUGUGCUGUAGAUGAAGGACGUCUCGAACGGUGUUGGAGCAGCAUGCAACAGGGCAGGCAUCCCCGUCAUUUUUUUGCACAGCAACGCUUCGAAUAUGCUUGCAUAUCUGCUGAUGUCGUGCUCAAGAGUUGCACGCCGUCUACGCCGCGCAGUCUCCCCCGCGUGCUUCAGGAAGAGGAAGCAGCAAGACUCGCCGCUCCGAUGCGGACAGGAUGGAGCACAUUCAGAGACAUGCAGUUGGUGUCAUCACGCCAGGUACUUUAA